AUGGAGCCACGGGUAGAUGCUGAAGUUGGGUUUGCCUACCCCUUGCCCACACCAUGCCCUGGCUCACCACGCCCCAAGGAAGCAUCUCAAACCACCUCUACUCGCACCCGCUAUGCAAAAGCAGCAGCAACCUCCUGCGGUGGAGCAAACAUUAGGUUUCUGGCUGGUGUUGGCAUAUACCCUGCAUCAUACGUGAGGCAAAAGAAAGACCCUUACUUUGGUGAUGGACAAAGGAAAAAGGACUGGCAUAACAAAGAAGCUAUAAGGAGGGACUCUGAGCGUGUAGGAAAUGGAGAACAGGGAAAACCUUACCCAAUGACUGAUGCAGAACGAGUGGACCAGGCAUACAGGGAAAAUGGCUUUAAUAUCUUUGUGAGUGAUAAAAUUUCUCUGAAUCGUUCCCUUCCAGACAUCAGACAUCCGAACUGCAAGAAUAAGCUGUACCUGGAGAAGCUUCCGAACACUAGCGUGAUAAUACCGUUCCACAACGAAGGAUGGUCCUCUCUCCUCCGGACAGUGCACAGUGUCCUAAACCGCUCCCCUCCUGAGCUGAUAGCAGAGAUAGUGCUGGUGGAUGACUUCAGUGACAGAGAACACCUGAAGAAACGCCUGGAAGAUUAUAUGGCCCAGUUCCCAAAUGUAAGAAUCCUCCGAACCAAAAAGAGAGAAGGGCUGAUAAGAACUCGAAUGCUGGGGGCCUCUGUGGCGAUAGGGGAUGUCAUCACCUUCUUGGAUUCCCAUUGCGAGGCCAACGUGAACUGGCUGCCACCUCUGUUAGAUCGCAUUGCCCGAAACCGCAAGACUAUCGUUUGCCCUAUGAUUGAUGUUAUUGAUCAUGACCACUUCGGAUAUGAGACUCAGGCUGGAGACGCAAUGCGAGGUGCAUUUGACUGGGAGAUGUAUUACAAGAGGAUCCCUAUUCCUCCUGAGUUACAGAAACUUGAUCCCAGUGAUCCCUUUGAGUCUCCUGUAAUGGCUGGAGGACUGUUUGCAGUCGAUAGAAAGUGGUUCUGGGAGCUGGGAGGGUAUGAUGCAGGUCUGGAGAUAUGGGGAGGAGAGCAGUAUGAAAUAUCCUUUAAGGUAUGGAUGUGUGGAGGUCGCAUGGAGGACAUCCCUUGCUCUAGAGUUGGUCAUAUCUACAGAAAAUAUGUUCCAUACAAGGUUCCAACAGGAGUCAGCCUAGCGAGAAACUUGAAGCGGGUAGCUGAGGUGUGGAUGGACGAAUAUGCAGAGUACAUAUACCAGCGUAGACCAGAGUACCGGCAUCUUUCUGCAGGGGACGUCGCAACUCAGAAGGAACUUCGCAACAACCUCAACUGCAAAAGCUUCAAGUGGUUCAUGAACGAGGUCGCAUGGGACUUGCCAAAGUUUUACCCACCAGUGGAGCCUCCAGCAGCUGCUUGGGGAGAGAUACGCAAUGUAGGAACUGGACUGUGUGUGGAUACUAAGCAUGGAGCCCUGGGAUCCCCACUGAGGCUGGAAAACUGUGUGAAGGACAGAGGAGAGGCAGCAUGGAACAACGUGCAGGUAUUCACGUUCAGCUGGAGAGAAGACAUCCGUCCUGGGGAUCCUCAGCACACCAAGAAGUUUUGUUUGGAUGCCAUUUCCCACAGCAGCCCUGUGACCCUCUAUGACUGUCAUGGAAUGAAGGGGAACCAGCUCUGGAGAUACCAAAAAGACAAGACCCUCUACCAUCCAGUAAGCAGCAGCUGUAUGGACUGCAGUGAGAGUGACCGAAAGAUCUUUAUGAAUAGCUGCAAUCCUUCAUCUCCAACACAGCAGUGGAUAUUUGAACAUACAAACUCAACUGUCUUGGAAAAAUUUAACAGAAAUCUUGAUCUUUAA